GUUUCUGAAAGGUUAUUAGCCCACGUCCAUUCCUUCUAUCCGAUUUCCCUGCUAACGCCGCCACGUAAUCCCCAAUCCGAUCGCUUCUGUCAAUUGAUCUCGCGAUUAUAACAUGGCUCUGCUGUUUUCUGGUAGAUUUCAUGCCGUCGGUUCUUCCUCUUCUUCAUUGAAUAUGAUAGCGAAUUUCACUCAGAUUCUGAAGUUCUCCGAUUCCUGCUGUGACGUUUGUCUUUCUCUUGCUUCUUUUCACGCGCUUCUCGCCUGCUCUUGAUUCAAGGAUACAGAGGGAAGAUUCUGUCAUGGGGAAACGAAAGCAGAAGAAAGCUGAUCAGUUUGACAGCAGCGACGCUGAUAGCGUGAGUUCUUCUUCCACGGCUUUCUCUGAUCUAUCCCUGGCUCACGAGACGGAGAGAGUCGACUCACAGGAGUUCACGCUUGAGAAGUGUCUGGAUGCUCUCUAUGAAAAAAGGGGAUCCACGAGAGAGAAGGCUUUGAUAGGGCUUGUUUGUGCCUUUGAAGGAAAUGUGCUUCUUGAUUUCAUAGAAAACAGAUGCAUCACCUUAUUACAUCUUUAUCUUAAUUCUAUUAAACGCGGCUCGGCUAAGGAGGUCUGCUUGGCUGCUCGUGCCAUUGGUUUCCUUGCCAUUACCGCUGGGAAUGGAGAGAAUACACAUGAAAUAAUGGAGGAGUCAAUACCAUCUCUUUCUCGUGCUCUCAUAUCGGGGCCUGAUGCAGUCAGAACAUCUGUGCUGGAUUGUUUAGCAAUUGUCACAUUUGCUGGUUCAAAUAAUUGGGAGGAGACUGAAACAGUUAUGAAAAUAAUGUGGGAAAUCAUUCAUCCUAAAUCAUUAUCUAAGGCUGGAACUAUCACUAAACCCAGCUCAGCUGUAUUAGUAGGGGCGCUAUCUGCGUGGUCAUUUCUUCUGACAACCAUGAGUGGCUGGAGAGUUGAUCUGGACAUUUGGAUUGAGGUGAUCACAUUCCUUUGCAACCUCUUAGAAAAUGGUGACCGUGCUGUCCGAAUUGCUGCUGGUGAAGCGAUAGCUGUCAUCUUUGAGAUUGUGGUGGCUGGAAAACUAUCUAAUAUCACUAGUGAUCUUGAGAGUACAGAGGGCAUUCCUUCAAAACCCAAGUGGCAUAUUUAUUUAUUGUCGUUGAAAGAAAAAAUAAUAUUGCUGGUGUCAGGCCUGUCGAUGGAGGCAGGGGGCAAAGGAAUUGAUAAGAAAUGUCUAAACACGCAACGGGACACCUUUCAGAAAAUUUAUGAUUAUCUUAAGGAAGGAGAGCAGCCUGAGACAUCCUUGAAAUUAUCAAAGAAGCAAGGAGUGCUGACAACUUCAACAUGGACUAAAUUAAUUCAGUUGAACUUCCUAAAACAUUUUCUUGGAAGUGGAUUCCUUAAACAUGCCCAGGACAAUGAAUUCCUGCAUAAUGUAUUUGAUCAUACAGAAGAUGCGGAAAAUGGUUUAUCAACUACACAAAAGAGGAUUUUUAGAUCUUUUGGAGAAAGAGAAAGGACUCAAGUGCUUAAUAAGGAUCGCCAGAUGGCUCAGUUGAGAAAAGGUGCUAUUGUGUUUGCUGAUGAGGAUUAGAAGCACGGAUUGCUGUUCUAAACUGGAGCUAUUAUGCUUAACGUCUGUGCGGUGGUUCCCUUUACUUUGUAUUUAAACUCUAUUGUUAUGAUAACGCGUCAAUUAGAGCUGCCGCUGUUAUUUGCUAAAUGAACGAUAUUUCUUCCAGACUAACAGUCUUAGGAUUAUUAUGUAUCGCACAUUACAUUAUUUCUUAAAAAUCAUAAUUUUCUAUUACUUAUUCA